AUGCCCUGCCAGUACGGGAGCAAGGUCGAGGAGCUCCAGCGUGAGUGCGCCAACAAGAGGAGGAGAGCGAACCUGCCGGAGUCGGCUGUCGAGAUCUUUCGCACGUGGUUCAGGCAGCAUGCCGCACACCCUUACCCAACGGAGACAGAGAAGCAGUUGAAAUGUGUGGAGCAGGUUUCAAAUUGGUUUGUGAACGUUCGUAAACGAUACUGGCGGCAUAAUGCAGACGGUGAGCAUGCAGUUUACUCUUGA